AUGGCUGAUCAGGGGCAGGAGGGAGGCUGGAAUUUCCGAUACGGUGGCGGCUCGUCGAGGGACGGGAGUUGGGAGUACCGUUGGGGUUCUGGUUCAGGUCCUGCAGGUGCCAGUUGGGGCUUCGGCGCAGGUUCUGGCAGGAGUGGUGGUGGGCCUAGUGGAUUUGGGUUCGGAUGGGGCGGUUCUUCUUCAGGUGAGGGUGGUACUGGUAACUUCGGAUUUUAUGGUGGCAACUUUGGGUUUGGCCCGUUUGGGGGCGGUGGUGCCAAUUUCAAUGGCGGAUUCGGAUUCGGGGGUGGGAGGAAUCCGACCGGACAAACAGGUGGGCAUGGAGUUGGGGGAAUGAAUCCAGGAAAUAGAGCUGGCGGAAACCGUUCUUGA